AUGAGGCGAUUCUUGGUGUUUUCGUUGGUUACGAUGGCGAUAAUUGUGCCUAAGAGUGAUGCAAAUUGUGCUUUCCAAGCCAUCUUCAAUUUCGGGGACUCAAAUUCGGAUACAGGUGCCUUCUAUGCAGCUUUUCCAUCUCAGCCUUCGCCUAAUGGCAUGACCUAUUUCAAAAGGCCGACUGGUAGAGCCGCAGACGGGAGGCUGUACAUCGAUUUUCUCGCGCAAGCUUUGGGAUUGACAUUUAUAAGCCCUUAUUUACAAUCCAUUGGAUCGGAUUACAGGAAUGGUUGCAAUUUUGCUACAUUGGCUUCCACAGUCCUCCAGCCAACUACUUCUUUGUUUGUCAAUGGAGUUAGCCCUUUCUAUUUAGGUGUUCAGCUCAACCAAAUGAAGCUUUUCAAAGCCAAAGUCGAUGAAUCCGGAGGGAAAGGCAAUCUUCCUUCAUCUGAUAUAUUUGGGAAGGCGCUUUACACACUCAAUAUUGGCCAAAAUGACAUCACCGGCUACCUAGGUUCAGCCGGUCCAGGUGGGGUGAAAGAGAAUGCACCUCAAGUCAUUUCUCAAAUCACGAGCACCAUCAAGGAACUGUACUCGUUAGGUGGACGGACAUUUCUAGUGUUGAAUCUUGCUCCAGUAGGCUGUUAUCCGCGAUUCUUGGCUGAGCAGUCUCAGGGGGGAAGUGUAGACCAAGAUGCGUCUGGAUGCAAGAUUUCUUACAACAAUGCAGUCAAUGAAUACAACAAUAUGUUGAAAGAUGCACUUCAACAAACCAGAAAUGAUCUUUCUGGUGCUAAUGUGAUAUAUGUGAACACUAAUGCUGCGCUGCUCGAUCUUUACCAGAAUCCGAAAUCCCAUGGGAUGCAGCAUGGAUUAACAGCAUGCUGUGGACAAGGAGGUGGUGACUACAAUUUCAACCCUCAAGUUUUCUGCGGUUCGAGCAAGGUGAUCAAUGGACAGACAGUUACAGCCACUGCCUGCAGUGAUCCUCAAAAUUAUGUAAGCUGGGAUGGCAUACAUUUGACAGAAGCUGCUAACAAGCUCAUGACAUAUGCCAUUCUUAGUGGCUCGUAUAAUGAUCCUCCGUUUUCGCUUAAUCAGUAUUGUGAUAUUCAACCAAUCGGAUGA